AUGCUGGUGUCCCAGUUUUAUGCCUCCGAGGACAAGGGGGAGCAGCAGCAUCACUGGAGGCCCAAUGAGGGGGAGGCCAUGCAGGGCAGGGCGAGCGCCUGCUGCCGCCUGCAGCAGAACCAGGUGCUCCUGACGGCGCUGGAGGUGCUGCAGGCACGCUGUGCUGGCCUGAGGAAGGAGAACAGCUUUCUGCGCAAGAGCUGCUUCCCGGAGACCCAGGAGAAGGUGAGGCAGCUCAAGAGGAAAAACGCUGAGCUUGCCGUCAUCGCAAAGCGCCUGGAGGAGCGGGCGCAGAAGCUGCAAGAGGCCAACCUCAAGGUGGUAAAUGCACCAGUCGCUGUGAAGGGCUCCUGCACCGGCCUCUGCAGGAAGGCGCUCGCCCGCCAGCAGGCCACGGACCUGCGUGAGCGAGCCAGCCUGCUGCUGGCGAAGGACAAGCAGAUCAGCGCUUUGCAGCAGGAGUGCCAAGAGCUCCAGGCAAAAAUCUCAUCUGGAAAGGGAGGUCCUCACCCGCCUCUCCAGGACUUCCGCCAGCUGCUCCGCGAGUCUCAGAAAGAGGUGCUGCGCCUCCAGAGGCAGAUUGCACUGAAAGAGGCCAAGGCGUCCCGCAGCCCAGGCCUGGGAGAUGCUGCCGUGGCUCUGGCAGCGGGAUCGGGGCCGCCCACACGAGCCGCCUUCAUUUGUUCGAACGGCUUUGCGCCACAGCAGCGGGACGAGCUGCCUUCAGCAACGGAGGCCGCCGGCAAGACCGGCCUGGCAGUGGCCCCGGGAAGCCCACAGUCCCCAAAGGAAGGGGUUGCCAUCUCCCCCGAGAUUAAGCAGCAGAUCCAGCAGCUGGAAUCUGAGCUGCGAAAGAAGAGGAAGCAGUGUGAAAACCUUGAGCACGAAGUCAGGAAAAAGCACAAGAAAUACGCUGAGCUCGAAAUCCGACUGCAGGACGUGCAGAACAACAAUUUCCGGCUGUCUGAGGAGAACAGCCUGUUGCACGGGCAAGUGCGAUGGACAGAAAAGGUGGAAUCAGAAAACGCUGACCUGAGGCGGCAGGUGGCCGUGGUGACCGAGGAACGCGACUUGGCUCGGCAGGAAGCCCGGGAGCUGCAGAGCAGGCUGGAGAGCCUCGGGCAGGUGCUGGAGCGCACGAGAGAAGUGGCGGAGCGCAGCCGGCAGCUGGAGCGCGAGCACGAGGAGGCCCUGGAGGCCCUGCGGGAGAAGCGCGACGAGGUGCACCGGCUCCGGCAGGCCCAGGAGGAAGCAAGGAGCUCACACGAAGGAGCCGUCCAACUCUUGGAGGUAACAUCUGGCGCUCAACAGGCCCGGGUGAGGGAGCUCGAGGAUCAGUGCCGAAGCCACGCGGAGCAGUUCAGCUGCCUCUCCCAGGAGCUCCGGUGGUUUCGCCUGCAUGCUGGGAAGACGGAUCUCCUGCUCCUCUCUCCACCUCCAUCCCUGGAGACCUCGGGGGCUGCCUUCACGGCCUGCCCGUCAGGCCCACCGCUGCCGGACGGCUCGAAGGAGGAAGGUCCAGAAGACGUCCCUGAGUCUCUGCAGCGCAACAGGAAGGUGCGGGAUGAUGAGGCGGGGGGGUUCUCCCAAGCGACGCCUCUGCUGGCCGGUCCAGGGUUGCCCGCCGUGGCCAGAAGUCCAGGCACAGGUGUCCCUCCGCUUGCAUCCAAGAAGGCAGCCAAGAAGCCAGAGUCCCAGUCCAGCUCCUCGCGGUCCGACUCCCCCCAGAACAGCCCCAAAUCUUGCUCCACUCCUGAGGUGGACACGGCCAGUGAGGUGGAGGAACUGGAGGUCGACAGUGUCUCGCUGGCUCCAGAGACCACGAUCCACAGCCCGAUGAAGCUCCGCGUCUUCCUGGCGCGAUACAGCUACGACCCUUUUGAUGGCCCAAAUGAGAACCCGGAGGCAGAACUGCCACUGACGGCGGGAGAGUACAUUUAUGUCUACGGAGAAAUGGACGAGGACGGCUUCUUUGAAGGAGAGCUGGUGGAUGGUCGGAGGGGCCUGGUCCCCUCUAACUUUGUGGAGCGCAUCUCGGACGCUGACCUCGUGACCCCCGUGUCCCCCGAGCUGCAAGAUCUCUCUCCGGGCUCGCCCCUUGAGCGGAGCUUCCUCAGCCCGAGCAUCAGCAGUGGGGGAAGAAGCGACUGGUCGACGGAGGAGCCGAGCUGCAGCGCGACUCCCUCAUGGCCGGCAGGGCCCCCAGGGGAGGGCGGCGCCCCCCGGGCAGUGCCUUGCCCCAGAAAAGUGACGCUGCUCGAGCGGAGCGGAGGCGGCCUCGUGGUGGGGUGGGAGCCCCCCUUGCCGGCCCCUGGCGCCCCGGCCAUCCAGAGCUACAGCGUCUACGUGGACGACGAACUCCGCCAAGCCACCGAGGCCGGCGCCCCGACCAGGGCCGUGCUCGAGGACCUGGACCUGGAGAGCCGCAGCUACCGGGUCUCGGUGCAAAGCGUGUCUGAGGGCGGGCGCUCCAACGGGCUGCAGUGCACCGUCUUGGCGGGGCGUGACGUCGCCCUGGCCCCGAGCCGGCUCACGGCGCGCAGCCUCACGGCCAUGUCGGCGGAGGUCUGCUGGGCGCCCUGCAGCAGCAACUUCCCGCACACCGUGUACCUCGACGGAGAGGAGUGUGGCACGACGAGGGCCGGCACCCAUCAGUACACCUUCCGCUGCCUGCAGCCGGACACUUCCUACGUGGCCGCCGUGGAGGUCCGGCCUCAGCCGGGGUCCCGGGAGCCCGCCCUGAGCGAGCCGGACCAGCCGCUGUCGGCAGAGAUCCGCUUUACAACGCCCCCCGCGGGGUCUCCCGAUGCUCCGCUGGAUGUCCGAGUGGAGCCCGGCCCCAUGCCUGGCAUCCUGGUCAUCAGCUGGCUGCCGGUCACCAUCGACGCUGAAGGGUCGUCGAACGGGUUGCGGGUCACCGGCUACGCUGUGUAUGCUGACGGGCAGAAGGUGAUGGAGGUCACCUCCCCCACGGCGGGCAGCGUCCUCGCGGAGGUGUCCCAGCUGCAGAUCCUCCAGGUGUGCCGGGAAGUGUCCGUCAGAACCGUGUCCCUUUACGGCGAGUCGGCAGAUUCGGUCCCGGCGCAGCUCCCAUCGGCCUCGCCGGAAGUCAAGGGCUGUCCUGCGCGCUCCAGCUGCAGCUGCCUGGCUGCUCAGCUCUCGCACGGGCCGCCGCGGGCCUUGCUCACCACGCCAGCCUCCCAGGCCUGUGGGACGGAGCCCUCCUCCGCCACGGGCCGUUCCGUUGCCAGAUCCACCCCUCAGGCAAGCCCCUGCGAGACGCCUGUGGAAGCCUCCUUGAAUGGCUGCCCCUCUCCCACGAGGACGCCUGCGCCUCCUGCGACACUGUCAGACGCAGAAGCGGGCACCCCUCCGGGAGAAGAAGGGCCCCCCGCAAGCAGGACGAUGUCUGAAGAUCCAGCCAUCUUCAGCAAGGCGGCCCAGGACCAGCCCGGAGAGGACAGGCAGGGGCAGCUCCUUGUGGCCCAGCAGCCAGAUCCGGGGGUCCCAGGCGGCAGCGCCAGUGAGCAGCAGAGCCCGGCCUGCUCCUCCAUGGACCAGGGAGCGAAGGAGUCGCCUGCCCAAAGAGGGGUGGAGAGCGAGCCAAGCAGCCCGGGGGCAAAGUCGGCACCCCCCAGCAGGCCUUCGGGGCCAGGAGAGAGUCGUUCUGCAGAACUGGGCCAAAGCGAGCGGCACAGCCCAGACUCCACGGCUGCGUCUCCCGCGAGAGUCAAGCUCCUGAAGGAAGUCCCCAGGGAGGACUCCGCAGCGCUGACGUCGCGGGUCAAGAGAGAGCAGGGAGAGAAGCGAUCUGAUCCGGGGAACCAUCCAAUGAAUCUCCUGGCUGACCACAGCCGGGGCUCUGACCUCUCUGACAUUAUGGAGGAAGAGGAGGAAGAGGAGGAGGGAGAGGAGGAGGAAGAGGAAGAGGAAAAAGAGUUGCAGCACUCCGGCAGGCAGGGAGAGGCCAGAUGGAGCCUGGGUGAAUACCACGGCAGAGAAAACGGAGAGAAGCUGGUCCUCGGAGACCCGGACAGCGACGAGGAGCUCCUGGAGCGCGUGGUGGAGGCGCCGUCGCCGGCGAGCCGCAGCAAGGCCCUCUUCAGCAUCCCCGAAGUGGCGGAGGAGGAGGAGGAGGACGACGACGGCUGGGCGCCGGCCCCAGGCAGCCCACGUGCCCCGAGCCCGCCGGGGAGCAGGGCCGCGGGCAGCCUCCCGGAGGCGGCGCUGGGCCCCCCGCGGCGGACGGAGGUGGCCGGGAGCAGCAAUCCUGACCCACUGGGCUGUGCGCCCUGGCAGGGCCCAAUCCACAGCGGGAGAAGGCCCCAGAGGCAACGGCGAGCUGCCUUGGCGCUCAGCAGUUCAGGCGCUGGAAGGAGCCCUUCCCCUGAGCUGAGGGACAGCCGGGGCCCCGCACGGCUCUUCGUGGCCCUCUUCGACUACGACCCCGCCUCCAUGUCCCCCAACGCUGAUGCUGCUGAGGAGGAGCUGCCCUUCCGGGAGGGGCAGAUUCUGAAGGUCUAUGGCCGCAAGGAUGCCGACGGCUUCUACCAGGGGGAGAAUGGCGGGAGGACGGGCUACAUCCCCUGCAACAUGGUGUCCGAGGUCCAGGUGGACAGUGACGGUGUGAGAAAGCAGCUCUUGCAAGAAGGCCACCUUCCUGCCCGCGUGCUGGCAGAAACGUUAGGCAACGGCACAUUUUCUCCGCCUCCGCCUCCACCUCCAUGGCUCCCUGGAAGCCGCCCCCCAAAACCUCGGCGGUCUAAGAAAGUGGCGCAAGACCAGCUGGAGGGGGAAUUCCCGGGGUUCGGAGUGCCUGACAGGCAGGAUCUGAGCUCUGACGAGGACACCCCGAGGACCAUGGUGACCAUCCUCGACUACAGCCCCAGGGAGCGCUCUCCCGACCCGGACACGGAGGGGGAGAUAAAUGGACGAAAGGGCCUUGUUCCAUCCAACUUCCUGCAGGUCACGGCACUGGGAGCAGCACGGCCGGGAGAGCCAAGCCUCGGGAGGCAGGUAAGGAGGUCAGACUGGGCCCAGCAGAGAAGGCAGGUUUUGUGUAGCCCUGCAGAAGCCUGGCAGGGAACUUGUCCUGGGCUCCAACUGUCCCAGUUUAGAAGAGAAAGUCCAGAUUUCCUUGCAAUGAGAGAGCCAUUCUGA